UGGGAGCGCCGGAGGAGCCCCUCUUCGUGCGCAGCGAUGUUGGCCAGCGGGGUUGCGCGGGGGGAGCCUGGAGACAAAGCAUGGAUGAGUUUCAGUUGGUUCAGCUCGAGGACGUGGACAAGGUGCUUGGACAGGAUACAUCUGGGGAGUCAAGGCUGAGGGAGAACCAUCUGAAGUAUCACUGGAAAAAGCUGAGGAGCAGAUGCAGGAGCAGAAACUGAGGAGUCAAGAUGGAGCAAAGAGACAAGAGGAGCGACAGACGCACACAGGGGAAAAAUCUCAUAAAUGCGUGGAAUGUGGAAAGAGCUUUAGUCAGAGUGGCCACCUUACUUUGCAUCACAGAACUCACACAGGGGACAAACCUUAUGAAUGCUUGGAGUGUGGAAAGAGCUUCAGUCGGAGUGGCCACCUUAUUUCGCAUCAAAGAACUCACACAGGAGACAAACCUUAUAACUGCUUUGAGUGUGGAAAGAGCUUCAGUCAGAGUAGCACCCUUGCUUUUCAUCAAAGAACUCACACGGGAGACAAACCUUAUAACUGCUUUGAGUGUGGAAAAAGCUUCAGUAUGAGUAGCACCCUUACUUUGCAUCACAGAACUCACACAGGAGACAAACCUUAUAAAUGCUUGGAAUGUGGAAAGAGCUUCAGUCAGAGUGGCCACCUUACUUCACAUCACAGAACUCACACAGGGGACAAACCUUAUGAAUGCUUGGAGUGUGGAAAGAGCUUCAGUCGGAGUGGCCACCUUACUUCGCAUCAAAGAACUCACACGGGAGACAAACCUUAUAACUGCUUGGAAUGUGGAAAGAGCUUCAGUCGGAGUGGCCACCUUACUUCGCAUCAAAGAACUCACACGGGAGACAAACCUUAUAAAUGCUUGGAGUGUGGAAAGAGCUUCAGUCAGAGUAGCACCCUUACUUCUCAUCAAAGAACUCACACGGGAGACAAACCUUAUAAAUGCUUGGAGUGUGGAAAGAGCUUCAGUCAGAGUAGCCACCUUAUUUUGCAUCAAAGAACUCACACAGGCGUCAAACCUUAUGAAUGCUUGGAGUGUGGAAAGAGCUUCAGUGACAGUAGUGCAUUUAGUAGUCAUAAAAGAACUCACACAGGGGACAAACCUUAUGAAUGCUUGGAGUGUGGAAAGAGUUUCAGUCAGAGUGGCCAACUUACUUCGCAUCAAAGAACUCACACAGGGGAAAAACCUCAUAAAUGCUUGGAAUGUGGAAAGACCUUCAGGUGGAGUAGCAACCUUACUUCGCAUCAAAGAACUCACACAGAGGACAAAUCUUAUAAAUGUUUGGAGUGUGGAAAGAGCUUCAGUCAGAGUAGCACCCUUACUUCGCAUCAAAGAAGUCACACAGGAGACAAACCUUAUAAAUGCUUGGAGUGUGGAAAGAGCUUCAGUCAGAGUAGCGCCCUUACUUUGCAUCACAGAAUUCACACAGGGGAAAAACCUCAUAAAUGCUUGGAAUGUGGAAAGACCUUCAGGUGGAGUAGCAACCUUACUUCGCAUCGAAGAACUCACACAGAGGACAAAUCUUAUAAAUGUUUGGAGUGUGGAAAGACCUUCAGUCAGAGUAGCACCCUUACUUCACAUCAAAGAACUCACACAGGAGACAAACCUUAUAAAUGCUUGGAGUGUGGAAAGAGCUUCAGUCAGAGUAGCACCCUUACUUCUCAUCAAAGAACUCACACGGGAGACAAACCUUAUAAAUGCUUGGAGUGUGGAAAGAGCUUCAGUCAGAGUAGCCAGCUUAUUUUGCAUCAAAGAACUCACACAGGCUUCAAACCUUAUGAAUGCUUGGAGUGUGGAAAGAGCUUCAGUGACAGUAGUGCCUUUAGUAGUCAUAAAAGAACUCACACAGGGGACAAACCUUAUGAAUGCUUGGAGUGUGGAAAGAGUUUCAGUCAGAGUGGCCAACUUACUUCGCAUCAAAGAACUCACACAGGGGAAAAACCUCAUAAAUGCUUGGAAUGUGGAAAGACCUUCAGGUGGAGUAGCAACCUUACUUCGCAUCAAAGAACUCACACAGGAGAAAAACCUUAUGAAUGCUUGGAGUGUGGAAAGAGCUUCAGUCAGAGUAGCGCCCUUACUUUGCAUCAAAGAAGUCACACAGGGGACAAAGCUUAUAAAUGCUUUGAGUGUGGAAAGACCUUCAGUCAGGGUGGAAACCUUACUUUGCAUCAAAGAAGUCACACAGGGGACAAACCUUAUAAAUGCCUUGAGUGUGGAAAGACCUUCAGGUGGAGUAGCUCCUUUACACAACAUCAAAGAACUCACAAGGGACCAAUGUUAUCGAUGCUUGGAGUGUGGAAAGAGAUUCAGUCAGAGUAGCUACCUUACUUCUCAUCAAAGAAGUGUUACGAUUGCUUGGCUAACCCCUUUUGGUUCAAGUGGAACCCAGGAGGUGCAAGGCCAGGAACUAUAACUCCCACCCCCACCUCUCACACCCCUGCCCCACUGGUAUGGCUGGUUAUGAGUUCCACAGGUGUUGUGCGAAGAACAACAAGGGCAGCGUUAAGAAACAGAAUUAACCAAAAGCUACGGCAUAAAUGUUAUCUUCUUCUUUGGCAGACUUCCCUCACUCACCGUAGAAUCCUCCAUUGUUCAUUCUAAGGAGCCUUAGUUUUUCAGGGUCAGUAAGAAACUCUCAUGCAGGCACACACACACGCAGAAAAUCAGCAGAUUCCCAGUCCCCUCCUUUGCAGGAGGGGGAGAGUGGAAAAAGUCUUUUAAAAAUGAGCCUUGAAUCUAGAGAGAGAAGGAGAAGGGGGGGCAGAGAGAUCAGAGCUCCACCCUGUGUGCUACGCUCUCAAGGAAUGCAUGGCGGGACUGCAGGGACAGAACCGGGGAGACUCUGGGUCUUGGUGCAAACCCUGGAGACCAAGAGAUUCCUUCCUGGUUUUGGACCAGAGCUCUUCCACAUAGCUUCAGCUGUAUUCAGCCGCCCACUCAGGGCCUAGGAGAGGUAAUCAUUCCUACUUUUAAGAGUAAUAGGGUCCUUUAAUCUCUUUAGUUUAAAGUUAUGAAUGGGUUAGGAUAUCAAUGAUUAAUGCUGCCACGCACCCAAGUAAUUCUGUAACGCUGUUCUACUCUUUUUCUCAAUAAAAUCACGCUUUCCUUUA